AUGCUGUCGGCAGAUUGGGACAAAGACCGUCCAGCAACGACAUAUAUGGAGCUGUUUAGUUGCGCGCUGGAUGCUGCUCCUGAGUAUUGCGACGAUCCUCGCGUUGAAAAAGUUUGCAGAGUAAAGGUCGACUUCAAGAACGCCAACCGAAAAGGCUUCGAGACCAAGCGGAAGUACGGCUUCUUUGGCAAGAAGAGUUGGCUGAUAGAUGUCGAGCUCCAGUGCAUUUUUGGGUCCAAGACAGGAGGCCUGCACUUCAAGUCGCUGAUAGCAGGCGCUGUUUCAGGCACCGCCACAGCCGAGUUCGACUGA